AUGGCUACUAACAAGCAGGGAAAGAUGAUCAAUUACCGCAUGCGCAUUACCCUCAACGAUGGCCGACAGAUGAUCGGUCAAAUGCUAGCUUUUGAUAAGCACAUGAACCUCGUUCUCGCCGACACAGAAGAGUUCCGCCGUCUCAAGCGCAAGAACAAGACCCCCGCCGGAGCCAACGAGAAAGUAGAAGUGGAAGAAAAGCGCACUCUGGGCCUCGCCAUCAUCCGUGGCGCCCAGGUUGUCUCUUGCUCUGUUGAUGGUCCUCCCCUGCCGACCCCUCUGCUCGUCUCGGUACCAACACUGGCGGUGGUGGUGCUGCCACCCUUUCUACCGGGCCCGGUAUCAGCAAGCCCGCUGGUCGUGGCCUGCCGAUUGGCCUCAGUGGCCCAGCUGCUGGCGUCGGCGGUCCUGCACCCCCCGGUGGCUUUGGAGGCUUCCCUCCCGGUGGUUUUCCCGGUGCCCCUCCUGGAUUCGCCGGCCGUGGCGGACCCCCAGGUGGUCCUCCUGGUUUCGUUCCUCCUCCAGGAUUUGCGCCAGGAGCUCCUCCGGGCGGCCCACGCCAGGGACGUGGAUACCCUCCCCCAGGAUUCGGUGGCCGAUGAUUUCAUGUUUCUAAGCUGGGAGAAGACAGGACUCUUCUAUCGCGUGAUACCAAGUGCAAGCAAGAUAUGA